GUUAUUGAACUAAAGUUCACUUACGCACGCCUGGUGGAUUAUUUUUGUUUGUUCUGAGAAGAGAAUAUAGUUUGCAACUGUGAAAAUGAAGUUCUUCAUCGUCCUGCUCGCCGUCGUGGCCGCCGUCUGCGCCGAAGAGAUGGCCGCCAACUCCGAGUCGAUGAAGACCAAGCGCGGUCUGCACCUGAGCCUGGGCUACCACGCGUCCCCGGCCGUCGUGUCCCACUCGUACGUGGCCCCGGCCCCGGUCAUCGCCCACCACGCCCCGAUCGUGGCCGCGUACCACGCUCCGACCUACGCCAAGACGUACGUCGCACCGGCCGCCGUGGUCCAUCACGCUCCGACGGUGGUCCACACCGCCUACCACGCCCCGGUCAUCCACCACGCGCCGGCCUAUCACGCCUACCACGCUUCCCCCCUGCUGGCCUACCACCGCCGUUAAGAUCCGGAUCCCGGAUCCUUCGUGUAGAUUAAGUCGCUAUAGUCUUACGAUGGUUUUAUUUUUUUUUCUGUACGCGAAAGUGUGUCUGUGAAUGUAAAUAGGUCGAAAUUGUAGGAGAACUGAAACAUGAGCUUAAAUUUUGAUAAAAAUACAAAACUGAUUGAGAUU